CUUCAUCUUAGUCUCUGCCACCCACCACCACCUACCGCCAUUCUUUGCUUUCCUCUCCUCCUUUCUGUUGCUUGCCAAUCCCGGAAUCGAGCCUUUGGUUGGCUCGAUUUCCGCUUUAAUUCCCAUAAUUUUCUUUAUUUUUCUCAACCAUGGCCCUUACCCAAACGGUAACUUUACCUGGUCCGGGUCCGUCUUGGGACGAGGAGGUGGUACCGGCUCUGCGAAAAAGACUGGAGAAUGAGACACGGACUUCCUUAGAUCGUGGUUCAUCAUCCUCACGCGUUACCCCCGCCAAAUCUUCUUCGACCCGUUCAAGAACAUAUUCGCAACCUUAUUCGUCUGACACGCAGAAAGGACGACUCAAUGGGAAGUCCAAUGGUUCGCGGUCAAGAUCUCCUCGCCAUGUCGAAGCCAAACCAACUCGCAUACCCAAGCCUACUCGAAGCAGAGCUGGCAGUACCUCAACAGGCAGUCCCUACGGUUCCCCGCAGUCAACCACCACUGAUCCUGACUUAUGGAUAGUGCAUGAACAACCGGCAGCUGCUUCUCGUUCGACUAUAUCCGAAACGAGUCGUCAACAACCGAUUCUUCUCAACGAGCCAGCUCCUUUCAAACCAGAAUCAUCCCCUUCUCUCAAUGCAUAUCAAUCCCAGGAAAGCAUCCGAAAGCCGCUUGACGACCCUCCACGGCCCUCCAUGGAAUCAGAAGAACGUCCGUUUGAGCAUUGGUAUCGGGGAGAGGUGUCGCGGAAUGGUGGUGUGGGCGAACUAAGAGAAGGUAGGCGAAGGCGAAGGCGAGCGGACAGUGUUGGCGCUACUGAACGCAGGGAGAGCUUCCACAUGGAAGAAGAUGGCGUUGCAGACGCUACUCAAGUAAUGGACGAGCACCCAUUGACCGACUUGGAUGGAGAAGCUUCGGACGCUGGGAACUCGUCAGACUAUUACACGCCAUAUUCCAAUCACAAUGGUGUGUCUGAUGCUUCGUCUGCUUUGACACCUGGGCCUACAGCCACGCGUGGAUCGCGGAGUAUUACGCCCACUUUCCAUCGACCAUCUUCCCGUCAACAACCAUCUCGAAUACCUACACCUACACGUCAGAUGACCGAACACUCUCGAAUGGCGACACCUACGCAAAUAGCAAGGGGAUCUAGCGAGCCCCCUUCUUUUGCAUCAACUUCAUACACUCCACCUAGCCGUUCGCAGACUAAAACCGCCUCACCUACAUUGCAACAAAAACGUGGUGCUUCACCCGCUUCUCUCUCUGCGUCAUCAAAGUCAAGGACGACCAUAUCCAAAGCUACACGUGCUAGGAACGAGGCUUUGAGGAAAGAACGAGACGAAGAAGCAAAGAGGCGCAGUGUCGCUCAUUACCCAACACCCAACGACGAUAUGCGAGACGCCAUACCUACAUGGACAGAACCUGUACCUCGGGAAGGUAAUUGGGACGAUGUGGUUCUACCAGUCGUUGCUAGAAAGAGGGGCCUCGACGGUCAUUACGAGCAAGCGGAUGGUAGCCCUAAGCCCAGACCAAUGGAAAGAGUCGUCGCACCGGCUCCCGGAACAUUCGGAUAUGACCACUCGAAGUAUCGUCCACCGUUGGAUGGUGAUCCUGACAGUAUCCUCAUGGAUGAGUUCGGAAGACCUAAUAACGACCACCCAACUGUACAAGAUACGGCGUACGAGGAGGAGACAAAGCCGCGUCCGCCACUAUCUCCAAUAUCUACGAAUCAUGACCGGACACCCUUGCCGGUUCGGACGCAGCCUCCUGCAUCGCCUGUACCAUUCUCACACUACGCGCCAAACACUACUGCAAAACUACAACCAGUUUCUGCUGGUGCGGCAAAGCUUGAGGUCCAGGAACCUCGUCUAGAAGAAGAGGAUGCAGGAGGAUGCUGCAAGUGCGUUGUUAUGUGACCUUUUUCAUAUUUCAUUUUGGCGCGUAUGGAUUUUCCCUUCUCUGUCUUUUUUCGCAUGCCUCCUCGUUCUGUAUUGCUGUGAGCCCUCAUAAUCACUUACCGCCUUAGGCCUCGUCCUCCUUGCUAUCGAUUACUACAUAAUCAUACUUCACUGUGUCCUUCCUUUAAGACCACUGUCGUUCAAUGGCACAUGUCAGCGCAUCCACCACUUUUGUGCUUUUAUCCUCGUGUAUUCAUAUCCGCUUUCGACCUUACCGUACGUUCCUAAUGCGCUUACUAUGUGGACAGUUUAU